GGACGUUCAAAAAUGCGUGCCGAGUAUAUGUCGUAGCCAUGGUAACAGCCAGUUACUAUGCUCACACCAGGGUUUUCAGUCAACAUUUCUAGUAUUUUAUGAUUAUUUUCGCUUUCAUUCCGAUAGAGACUCUUGACUAUGGGAGACAAGGACAGAUCGAUGGAGGCGGAGCAGGAGGGGGAGAACGAAAUGAAGAUGGUUCUUCACUGUCCUCUGAUCUACACACUGCCUGAAGAAAUAAAAAAGAUGGAGCGCAGUGAGACAGUGUGUUGUUACUGUGGUGUAAGCUACCUCAUUUUCCAUGAGUUCCAUCAGCUCCACACCCGACUGGCUCAGUUGGAGGCUGAGCUCCAGGAACUGAGAGAGACCGCCCAGAGAGAGAAGGCCCAGCGAGAGGCACUGGAGCUGGGCAGGCUGGAAUGGGAGGGGUCACUUCACCUGGAGAUGCAGAGACAGACAGAGGAGAAAGAGAAAAGCACAAGAGAAGAGCUAGAAGAGAGGAACAAACACACAGAGAGAGCUUUGAGAGAGGAGUUUGAACAAAAGUAUGAGAGGAAGAGGAGAGAGAUGAAAAAGGAGUGUCAGAAAUUCAGUGAAGAAAAAGAGAGACAGCUUAGAAGAGAGCUGGGAGACUUAGAGGCGGAGAGACUGAGGAAGCAGAGAGAAGAGCUGGAGAGGAAGACUGAGGAGAGAGAGAAAGUUCUGAGUGACGCACUUCAAAAGGCCAAUAAAAAUUUAGUCGAGCUGAGAAAAUACCUCCAACAGCUGGAAGAGAGGCUGGCGAUAGCAGCUUCCACAAAGGAGGAGGCAGGGCAGUUACUUGGAAAAGAGAAGCAGCGAGGUGAAACUCUCAGAGGUGUGUGUGUGCGGCAGCAGCAGGCCCUGCGAGCGACUCUCUUGGCGCUCCGCUCCUCUGGCAGUGAGCUCACAGAUGUACGGGGUUUCCUCAGCCAGCUGAUGGGGGCCUGGCAGGCCUUCAAAUCUCAGCUACUGCAGCACAGCACACAGGUGUUCUCAGUGAAGCUGACCACUGAUGAAGCUGAUGAAGAAAAUGGAGAAGUUGGUGAUGAUGUCGGUGAAGAUAAUGAUAAUAAUGUGCUGAGAGAGGAGCUGAAGCAUUCCAGUGUGGAGUUUCAGAAAAUGAGAGAAGAGAAAGAGCAUCUAACUCAGCAGCUGAUGGAGCAGAAGAGACAGACAGAGGAGCAGCUGUACCACCAGAAAGACUCUGAGAAAGAGCACAGAGAAAAAAUCCUCAGGUUAAAAGGGGAGUUGGAGGAGAAACAUGAGAGGUGGUUGUCAUGCCAACGAAGAUGCGACACCGUACAGGAGCAGCUGUCGUCAUGGCAGCAGAGAGAGGAACAAAUGAACAGGAAGUACUGCGUGGCUGAAGAGGAAGUGACACGACUGAGGGAAGCUCUGGAGAAGGUCCAGCAGGAAAAGAGAGAGCUGAGGACAGAAAGGGAGAUAUUGAUAGAGUCCCAUGGCAGAGCCCUGAACAAGAUGGAGGAAGAUUGCAGACAGCAAAUGGCCUCAAAGCUGGCUGCAGCCCUGGAGGAGCAGAGAACCCAGAAUGCAUUGCACCUGAGAGAGAAGAUGGAGGAGCUUCGCAGGGAGGUGGAGUUAGAGCUGACAAUUGACAGGGAGAAGAACCAACUGCUGCAUCAACAGUACCAGCGAGACUGCACACAGCUUCAGCAGAAGAUGGAGGAGAGAGAGCAGGAGCUACGAGGACUGCAAGAUGAGCUGCAGGAGGAGAGGAGGAGGAGGAGAGAGGAGGAGAUACACCAGGAGCUGCAGCGCUCCCAACAGCAGGAGGCACUACAGCUGAGCCAAGUUAAAGCUGAACUACAGCUGAUGACUGAGAGGAAUGCUGAACUACAAGAAGAGGUGGAGUUACUCCAGGAGACAGUAAGAAGGGAGUGUGAGGAGAGGGGGGAGCUGACUGCUGCUCUGUCUCAAGCUCAAAAGGAGCUCCUUGGGCUGCGAUCCCUAGCAUCUCAUCAAGGCUCCUCCAGGUCUCCUCCAAACCCCAUGAAGAGAAACAGUCCCCCAGGGAACAAGCAUUUCCAUCUCCAUAGUCAAGCCCGGGUACCUCUCACUCGCUCUUCAACCUCCCCAAACACACUCCGACCCUCCCCUACCUGCACAGACAAAGACAGAGGCCGGGCCACAGAUGGAGGAGGAGCAGGGAGGAGUUUGGAGUCCUGGAAUCGUGGUUGGGUGUUAGGUGGAGGAAAGAGGCGAGAGGGGACACUGCCCAGAUUGAAAGCAAGCAGCACAGUUAGCGAAGUCAAACAAAAGGUCAGUUUAGUGAUAGAGAAGAAGAAGAGACUGUAAAAAGCAAUCUGGACCAUACAGUAUGUGUAUUAAACCGUUAUUGCAUCUUUUCAAAAUAAAACAGAAUUUUA